ACUUCCUGCAUGUGCCGACAAUAUGGCAGCGCCUAUAGCGAUUCACUUGGAGUUUGGAGGAGGAGCCGAGCUGCUGUUUGAUGGCCUGAAGAAACAUCAUGUGACUCUCCCAACCCAAACUGAACCUUGGGACGUGAAGCAGCUGCUGGUCUGGAUCCAACGGAACCUGCUGAAGGAGCGGCCUGAACUCUUUGUUCAAGGAGACUCUGUGAGACCUGGAAUUCUGGUGCUUAUCAAUGAUGCAGACUGGGAGCUAAUGGGGGAGCUGGAUUACCAACUGCAGGACCAAGACAACGUUGUGUUUAUUUCGACUCUGCAUGGAGGAUAGUAAAAUGCGUGUGGGAUGUACACAUGUCGUUGACAUUUCUCUAACUACCUUUCCUCCACAUCCUCCUCCCCCUCCCCGCCCCCCUGCACACACACACACACCCCAACAACACAUAACCCAGUGGGAAUCUGUGAACCUGCACCGUGACGACAGAGGUGAUGGAUGUCCGUUUCUAGGAAUUCAGAAGGAUACAGAGAAAAUGUGGAAGUGCAUGGUGAGACAGGGAUACGAGGAUCUGUUUUUGUUUAUUUGUUUAUUUGUUUUUGUCAUAUUAGACGGGCUGAAGGAGCGACCAUUUAAAGCUCCGGUCAGCUGACGGUCAGCUCACAGAUUGACCACCGCCUUUAUUUUUGAUCCCCUCAAAUCUUCCAUUAUGAAUAUGAAGGCAAAACAGCUUCAUUCUAACAUUAAAAUAACUUUACGGUCAAAAUGAAUGUUAAAGAUGACAUCACUCUGAAGUAAUUAACAUUUGAAAUAUUAAUAACACACAAUAAUGUGGUUGUAUGAUUAUUAUAUAAAAUAUGAAUCAUGUUUUUGUUAUUUUAUGGAUGUUGGCACACCAGAAACCACGUUAUGGAUGAUUCACAGGUAUAACAUUACAUUAAUUACUUUAAAAAGAAACACCUUGGCAUCUCAUUAUAUAUUUUCUUCUACCUAAAUUAUUAUUAUUAAAUAUUGUAUUGGGUUUAUAAAUUCAUCUGAUAAAAUUACAUUUAUUUUGGGGUGUUUUUGUAAUUUUUUUUUAUUUUACAUUUGAAAACAUGCAUUGUCU